UAUUGUAAUAUUGUCUUGUGCUUGUCAAGAGACUCUCUCCAAUGUGUGUGGAACACAAUAAGACUUGAUAUUUUUGUUUCAGACGAAUACACGAAUGAAGACAAUAUGAAUUUUCUCAAUUACUGCUGUCAGCAGCAGAAGAGGAAGGAGAGGCGCCGAUAUCUUCAGCAGGUUGAUGAACCGAUGAUACCUGCCUCCGAAUCUCCCAAACUAGCACCAGUUUUGGAUCAUUCAGUACCGAAGUCGACUUCAACAUCAGAGAGCAUCAAUAGCGCGUACAUCACUAUGAUAUCUGGUCAGUGUGGUACUCCCCAUCAAGACAUGAUGUUUGCAGUUUUACACAAUGAUAAAGUUGCUCUGCAGACGCUUAUUGAAAAGGAGGAAGUCAUCAAUUCAUGGACAGAUAUUUUUCAGUUUGUAAAUUGUAGUCAAAGAGUAGUUACUCCCAUGGAGUUAGCGUGCAUGCUUGGUUAUAUUGAUUUAGUGGAACUUUUUCUUGACAAUGGUUGUAGUCCAAAUCUCCCUACCUCUGCUGGUAGACUUAUCCAUACGAUCAUGGAUACAUUGAAGUCAGGAAAGAUGGACAUGAAAGAAGGACAAUCACUGGUGAAAAGGUUGUGUAAUGAAGGUUGUUAUGUAAAUAUAAUUGAUCAGAAUCACAAAACACCAAUUCUGUUGGCUGCUGAGCUUGGAGAUGUAGAGAUACUGAAAACUCUAUUAUCAGUUGUUGAUCCGGCAGUAUUAAACCACGGGGAUGUCCCAAAUGGAUUUACCCCUUUACAUAUGUCUGCAAUGAGAGGGGACUUGGAUUGUGUUCUGGAAAUUCUUAAGUACUGCACUCCUGGCACAGUGAACAUAACCGACUGUAAAGGCUACUCACCAGUGAAGCUAGCGCUUGUUUCAAUGUACAAGAAUGUCACUUAUAUGAAUAACUUGAUAAAAGUCUCAAAGAAUGGAACUAAUGAAUCUUCACAGCUACAACAUUUAAGACAAUUGCAGUAUCAAUCAGUGGCAAUCAUUGAAGCUCUUCUUCUGCAUGGUGCUGAAAUAAAUAAUCAAACUGAUUGUUAUAGAGACACUUUAUUAUACCAGGCUCUGGAACUUGUGUGUAAGGAUGAAACAUGUGAGAAAUUCAGACAUGACAAAUAUAGUCACACAAUGCAGCUCAUUGCAUCAACAAAAUUACAAGAUCUUAACAUGGCAAUUACUGGGAACGAAUCUGAAUCUAACAACAAACAAAAAGCUGUGACGGCAUCACCGUAUUCUGGAAUCGUCCGUCUGUUUGUUCUAUAUGGAGCUGAUCCCAUUCAAAGCAAGGAUGUUUGGCAGCUGAGUUUUGGGUUGAGGGACAGAACAGAAGUACAACAGCUAAUUGAUGAAGUUUUUUAUUUUUGGGAGAACAAUGUAAAUGAUGGACCCCCAAAGUUAAUUCAGCUGAGCAAACAAGUUAUAAGGACAGUUUUAGCUAGCUGCCAAAACCUCCACCGAAUGGAUGACCUUCCCCUUCCUCCGUCCCUUAAUGCAUUCAUCAAACUUCAGUGUCUCUGAUCAUAUGUGACAUUAAUCAAAUCUGUAUGAAAAGAAAAUUUGCAAAUUUAUUCCAUAUAAUAUUAUGAUUAGCAGUGGUUCUGUAUUUCUGACCUGCUUAGUUCCAAUUGCUUGCCCUCCAGGUUGAUGUAAUAUCAUUAAAUAAUUUAUUUAUAAGGUCCAAAGUUGUUAACCCCCUUUUCCAAAAUUUUAAUUUUAAAUGUAUGUUAGUGUAUACCCAGGUAUCCUUAUUCAUUGAAAAAAUAUAUAGGAAAAAAACUGCUCAACUUGCACUGCAUGAUUUUUAAGAUUUAUUUUUUGCUAUUUAACUCAAAAUGGUAUACAGUAUGUCUAGAAAAUAUAAGUAUACAUGCAAAGUCUUUAUUAUGGUUAUUUUUCAUAAUGUGAACAACAUGUAUGUUGUGUUCAUUGGAUCAACGUGCUCAUAUGAAAUCCUUAUAAUUUCCAUUUCAUUUAAUUUUGAAUGGACUUCGAAUUUCAGCUAAAAGUAAAACCCUGUUUACUGUGGAGUUUGAUUUCCAUUUAUAAAUUAACCUCUUUACAGAAAAUCCUUUAAAAGGCUAUAUGUUAUAUUAUUUUUUUUAGCAUAUAAUUUCAAUAGUUUAUCUCGUAUCAACAGUUAAAAAAAUUGUUUUUUGUAAGAAUUAUAUUAAUAGCAUUGAAACCACUCAUACGGUGAGAAUUUUGAUAAAAUUCAAAAGGUAAAAAAAUAGCCUGGAAUAUGAUGAAAACCUUACCCAUUUCUUUAGACAUUUGUUUGUUUUCAAAGCUUGUGAUGUGCAAGUCCAUACCCUUUUUGAAAUACUCAGUAUAUUGUCACAACUUAGUUACCUCCCUUUCCAAAAUGCUAUAAAGCUAUUUUCAUGGGUUGUUACUUUUUUAGGUCUCUGGUGCAACAUGAUGUCGUGAUGUUACUGCGACAUCAAAAACCACAUGUUAAUUGAAGAAAUUGAUUCAACUACAAAUAUAAUCCAUAUAUUAUAAAAAUGUUUGAAGACAUUUUAACUUUAAUCCAGUUUAACUGUCAAAUUUUCUUUUCUAAACUACUUUUUGAACUUCUCUUUAUCAUGUUUUAUUUGAAUAAAAUGAGAACUCAAAAUUUUAAUAAGUGCAUUAGUAUGACCAAUUUUUUGUUAGUUAAUCUGAAAGUGAUAUUGAUUUAAAUACAUAUUGAAUUUUCAUUUCAAUUUGUUUUCAGUCUGAAGCAAAAUUUACAUAUUCCCAAGUUCAAAACCUUUGCAGGUGAUUAAAUAGAUGUGGAAAAGUUAAGAUAUAUGUGUAUUAUUUCAGUUUUCUCAAUGUUAUGAAUUAAACUGUAUUGUGCAAUAUCUCAAAUAAGUUUAAUGAGUGGAUAGAUGCUAACAUGUCAGUUAAGUUUGUAGAAUCUGCCAAAUUAAUAAAAGAUACCGUCUGUUAUACAUAAUGUAGAUCCAUUUUUUACACACGUUUGUUGAUUAUGACUUAGGGAUGGUAAUCUGGAACAACACUUUAUUUUAUUCAUUUUUUUGUCCAUGUCUGAUAUUAUUCUUUUUAAGCAGUAAAUGCUGAUUUAUCUAAAUGAAAAUGUAGAGCUGUACAUAUUUUAGGGCUCUUCAACAUGUAUUAAUAAUUGAAAGGAAGCUGUAAACGUAUUGUAUUGUACAUCAGUAUUCUUGAAAAAUGUUUUAAUUGCACAUAUUUGAAGCAAAGCUCAAUGUAUAUAUGAUAUACCAUAUCCCAAGAUAGAAAUGAAUUGAAUUUAGAAUAUAAUAUUAUAUACUUUAUCAUGUAGUUAUAUUGUUCUUUUUUUCAAUAACUGAACAAAAGUCAUUUAAUGUGUAUGUUCUUUGUUAGAAGGCUUUAUGCCAGAAGCAAAUGACACUUUACAUAAUAAAGGGAGGUAAUUUGCCAUUCUCCCUCUCAUCCUUGUAUAUUGUAAUAUAUCAGGAUGCAUUUAAAUGUGCAAAUGUAUUCUAUAAAAAUAUUGCAAUGAUAUGUUUUUUCAAUUUCCUAAUAAAUCUUCCAAUUGGUAAAAUGUGAGACUUUUAUUAAAAGAUGCAGCGUUUGCAUGUUCACAUCA